AUGUGGAAAAAUAGACAGUACGAUAUGAACAUAACAGAGACGCAUUUGCGACCGUGGAUGUUGGAUCUGACCACCAACCCCGAUGAUUCUGACCGACUUAUUGAAUUCCUCGAGAACUGGGAAGAUGAUAUCAAGCACCAAUAUCCAGAUGAUCCUGCAUCGUGGCCCCAAAAUGAGUUUUCAGAUCAAAAGAAGCAAGUUGGUCGGCCUUUAAAUGCCGUAUGGAAUGCGUCUCAGUCAUUAUUUCGUGCCUUUCUGGAGUUAAAAGACUGUGAGUGUCAGCCAAUGCAUGACUUUGGCGUUCGACUUUGUCUGGGAACAUUCCAAUAUCUUUCCAGUGCCGAAGAAGAUGUUGACCCUCUCUGUGCCUUUGAGAUGUUUCUGUCCAUGAAACAAGAGUGGCACGAGGCUGAUGUGCAUUUUGCAAAGGGCGCAGCGAUGACAUUCGGUCAACGCAACACCCCAGGUCCUUUGAAACCCAAGGCACAUGCAAUGAAAGUGAAAAAGCUCUGCGAGCCUAUCAAAAAGCGAAAGCCCUUUGACCGAAUCAAGUUGAAAAUUGACGAGGAUGGUCUGUUAUGGAAGCUGCGGUCCGAGAAAGGUUCCUUCACUAUUGAUGAGACCAAAGCACCAGUCUCGCUGCAGCAGAUAAUUCAGAACCAGCGUGAAGCACUUACCGACAAGACGAAGCGUAUCCUUGCGGUUCUGCUUAGCUAUGCGGUUCUUUAUCUGCAUGAAACACCGUGGCUGCCUCCGACAUGGGGACCUUCUAGUAUCUUAUUCUUCCACACGACAUCCGCAGCCAUUCCCUUGAAGCCUUUUAUCCAGACACAGCUUGCACAAACUUCCACUCGCAAUCACCAAGCAAGCUAUUCCGCGAGCGAGCCCGCGGAGUGCCUGAGCCCUGAACUUGACCCGGACGAUAUUGACCCCGAUGACAUGAUGAUCCACCAGUGCCCAGAGGUUGUGGCGUUGGGAAUCAUGCUAAUGGAGCUUUAUUUGACUACCACAUUUGAUAAACUGGCGGAAAAAUUCAAUGUUCCCGUGUCAGAAUAUACUAGCCUCGACGCAGAGCUUGUUUUUGAAAACUGCAAAUCCGAGAUCCCUGAGAACUCUCAAUUUUACUGGGCAGUUCAGAAAUGCCUGGACUCCAAAAUCUGGGAAGACGACAAUGGAUCCAAGCUCAGCGGUCAGGUUUUACGGACAACGAUAUACCAACAAAUAGUGCGACCACUAGAGGAUGAGUUAAGUCAGGCAUUUAGCUCUAUAUCCAUCGAGGAUCUAGAUCGAAUUGCACAGACCUUGGAUCUUGGUAGCUGGGGGCAAACCUUCCAAGGUCAACAAAUGGGUGCUCAGAAUUUCGAUGUUCCCAAGGAAAGCUUAUUCACGCACUCAUUUGGAUCCACGACAUCUGGUAAUGAAUCAAGUUUCUUCCAGCAACAGCAACAAACAUUUUCGCUUCCUCUUCACCCUUCGGAAGCAAUCCUUUCAUCCUUCCCACACAUAAUGACUGCGCCAUAUCAGCAAUCCCCAAGGACAUUGGAACACAAAGGCAUGAGAUUUUUUGAUGACGAAGCACUCUCCGAGCAGCAUUCCCUAGAAGGAGUCAAAAACUACUGCAAUUGGCGUCAGCGAUUAAAGGACGUUUUUGAGAAAUAUACGACAGAGCUCCCCAAAGAUCCUGUUAAAAUUGCCGUGCUAGACACAGGUAUUGAUCUUAUCCACCCUGGCAUUGAUGCAUGCAUUGAGCAAGUCAAGGGCGAGUACAACUGGAUGAACGAGAAAUUCGCCAAGCGAGUUGAGGACUACAAUGGCCAUGGCACUUUUAUUGCAGGACUACUUCUGGAAUAUUCCCCCGAUGCAGAACUAUACAUCUCGAAGAUAUCAGAUGGCAGACCAUGCAACCCGAAAAUUAUCGCCAAGGCAAUUGAUCACGCCGUCAAUGAAUGGCAGGUUGACAUCAUUUCGAUGUCGUUUGGAUUUCCUUCCCGUGAAAUUGAGGGAUACGAUGAGCUAGAGUCCGCCAUUCAAAGAGCGUAUGCGGAAAACGUUCUUAUAUUCGCAGCGGCUUCCAACAGUGGCGCAAACCUAGACCGGGCUUUUCCUGCCCGCGACGAAAAUGUCAUCUGUAUCCAUUCUACAGAUGCCAACGGGAAUCGAUCCCCAUUUAGUCCUACUGCACUGGCUGACACGCUCAAUUUCGCAACAGUGGGCGAGCAUGUGGAGUCAUGCUGGCCUAUGCACCUAUGCGAAGAUGCUUCGGGUAUCAAACAUAGGUCUGGUACAUCCUAUGCAACUCCUAUCGCGGUUUCCAUUGCCGCGUUUCUUUUGCAGUAUACCAGGUCAUUUAUUCCAGAGAAGGCUUUCAUGCUGAAACGACAGUCAAAGAUGAAGGCAGUGCUGAGGAGGGUCUCCGAAAAGAGCCUAGAUUCGCGAACCCGGGAUGACUAUUACUUCGUGGUUUUGAAUUGUUUUUCUGAUAAUCUUUUUGGUAAAGACCAGGAUUUUGUCAAUCAUGUACUUCGUGAUAUACUAAGCCAGUAA